AUGCCUGUGAGAAACGGCACUGCAGUUAUGGAAUUUAUUCUUCUUGGACUUUCUACUGAUCCAAAAAUUCAAGUUAUUCUUUUUCUUAUAUUUAUGCUUGCUUACAUGAUCAUUUUGAUUGGAAACACAAUCUUUAUUAUUUUAAUUGUAACAAACACCAGUCUUCAUACACCUAUGUAUUUCUAUCUUUCAAACCUCUCUUUACUGGAUCUCUGUUAUGCAACUUCAGCUCUACCAAGGAUGCUGAGAGAUUUGAUGUCAGUGAAAAAGACAAUCUCUUAUGCAGAGUGUGCAACACAGAUGUACAUGUCUCUCUCUUUGGGUGAAACGGAGUGUAUUCUGCUAGCUAUUAUGGCAUAUGACCGUUAUGUUGCUAUAUGUUAUCCGUUACACUACACUACUAUCAUGAGUAAGAUGGUCUGUGUCAGAAUAGCUGCUAGUACAUGGCUAUGCGGGUUCCUUCUUUCUAUUUCUCAUGUGGCUCUUACGCUAAAUGUAGAUCUUUGUGGAAACAAUGUAAUUAAUCAUUUUGUAUGUGAAGUACCAGAAAUCCUAUCUCUGUCAUGUGAAAAUAUUAUUUUUGUUGAAUUCAUUAUUUUUGUGGUUGGGGUGGUUAUUCUUUUGACUCCUGUCACAUUUAUUGCAGUUUCAUAUAUUAAAAUAAUUUUAAGUAUCAUUAAAAUUGCAUCAUCAGGUGGUCGGAGGAAAGCCUUUUCUACGUGUGGUUCUCAUAUGAUAGUUGUUACAAUAUUUUAUGGUUCAGCUAUGGCUGCCUACAUGAAACCUAGGUCAAGCUCAGUACCAGGAACAAACAAAGUUAUUGCCAUCUUUUAUGGAAUAGUACCUCCGAUGCUAAACCCAGUAAUUUAUUCUCUUAGAAAUAAUGAUGUUAAAGUGACAUUUUGGAAAUUUAGAAACAGUCUUUUUGUUUCUAAUAAGAGAGGCAAAAUAUUCAUAGAUGUUAAAUAA